UACAAUUAUGGGUUUGUCAUACUGCAAUAAUUGAAUAUACUGGGACACUCCCCCGCCCCGUGUAAGAUUCCAACUUACGGCAGCAUGGGACGCAAAUACCCAAACCCAAUCACCACCUCCACAACCCGAAUCGGAUGGAUCGGAAUCGGAGUAAUGGGCGGCGCAAUGGCCUCACGCCUCAUCUCCGCCGGUUACACUCUCACCUUCUACGCUCGCAACCCAUCCCACCCAAAUUCCCUCUCUCUUCAAUCCCUCGGUGCCAAACUCGCAAAUUCACCUUCCCAUCUCGCUAACUCCUCCGACGUCGUUUUCACCAUGCUCGGUCACCCCUCCGACGUUAAAUCAAUCUACCUCGACAAAAACGGCGUCGUUUCAUCUCUAAACCCGAACACCGUCACUGUAGACACCACAAGCUCACAUCCAGAUCUCGCUAAAGAAAUCUCCGUCGCAGCACGAGCUAAAUCCGCUUGGUCAAUCGAUGCUCCGGUAUCCGGUGGAGAUAUUGGAGCAAGAGACGGAAAGCUAGCAAUCUUCGCAGCAGGCGAAGCCGCUGUAGUUGAAUGGCUACAACCGUUGUUUGAAAUAAUGGGAAAAGCAACAUACCUGGGGCCUGCAGGGUGCGGACAGAGUUGCAAGAUAGCGAAUCAGAUAACGAUCGGAGCAAAUUUGAUCGGACUUAGCGAAGGAUUAGUGUUUGCGAAACGAAGUGGGAUUGACUUGGAGCAAUUUUUGGAUGCGAUUAAGAAUGGUGCCGCGGGUACAAAGGCAUUGGAGUUGUUUGGGAAGAGGAUGAUAAAUAAGGAUUUUAGGCCUGGUGGUUAUGCUGAGUAUCAGGUUAAGGAUUUAGGAAUGGGUGUUAAUUUUGUUGAAGGUGAUGAUGAUGAAGUUGUUGUUUUGCCUGGUGCUUCUUUGGUUAAACAGAUUUUUACUGGUAUGGUUGCUAAUGGGGAUGGGAAGCUUGGUGGUCAAGGUGUUAUUUCUGUUAUUGAUAGGAUUAAUGGAAGUUAACUUUGUAAGAAUAACUUAUGUUAAAAUAAUUCAAAUUUACUUUAUCAAGUGAUGAUAAUAAAUUGAUUUUUCUAGGUUGAAACAUGUUUUGCUUGUAGUUGUUGUUAUGUUUUCUAAAAGUUCUUUUGAUCA